GGCCCACCAAAGAACUAACACCCCGGCACGCGGCACCGCGCGAGUUACCUCCAACAGCUCCCCGCCCGGCCGCCCCCCUCGCCGGCCGCCCGCCGCCGCAUCCUCCUCCUCCUAUGCCCUUCCAACCCACGCUUCCGCGACGCUGCCCCCGCGAACGCAAACUCGCCUCCUUCCUAGCCGCCGCCGCCGCCUCCCUCUCCGACCCCCUCAAACCGUCGCUCUCGCCGCCCGCCGGCGCAGUGCCUGCAGCUCCCACCCCCGCUGCUUACAACGCCCUCAUGUGCGCCUACUCCCGCGCUGGCCGCCCCGACGAGGUCCUCCGCCUCUUCCGCUCCCUCCAAACUGGGCCUCUUCGAAUGACGGCCCACCAAAGAACUAACACCCCGGCACGCGGCACCGCGCGAGUUACCUCCAACAGCUCACCGCCCGGCCGCCCCCCUCGCCGGCCGCCCGCCGCCGCAUCCUCCUCCUCCUAUGCCCUUCCAACCCACGCUUCCGCGACGCUGCCCCCGCGAACGCAAACUCGCCUCCUUCCUAGCCGCCGCCGCCGCCUCCCUCUCCGACCCCCUCAAACCGUCGCUCUCGCCGCCCGCCGGCGCAGUGCCUGCAGCUCCCAUCCCCGCUGCUUACAACGCCCUCAUGUGCGCCUACUCCCGCGCUGGCCGCCCCGACGAGAUCCUCCGCCUCUUCCGCUCCCUCCCCUUCCGGCCCACUGCCCCGCUCUUCACUACCCUCAUCUCCUCCCUCGCGGACUCCGGCCGCCACCGCGCCGCGCGCGCCGCCUUUUCCUCCCUUCUCGUCUCCGGCCUCCCGCCCACGACCUCCGUCCUCACAGCGCUGCUCAAGGCCCACCGCACCGCCUCUGUCGAAUCCGUGUACCACGUCUUCUCGGACUUCUUGGCCGCUAUGGCCGUCGCGGGCUGCUCCGCUGACGCCGCUGUCUACAACUGCCUCAUUUCGGCGCUCUGCGACUUCCGGCGGGUCGAUGAGGCCUCGGGCGUCCUUGACCUCAUGCUAGACAACCACAUCUGGCCCACUAUUCGCUCCUACACCACGAUCCUGCGCGGGUAUUGUGAGCAAGGCAGGAUUCUCGAGGCAGAGAGGUUAGUUGAUACCAUGAUCGAAGUAGGGUGUCCGCCGGAUGUCAUCACAUACAGCGUGCUCAUAGAGGGGCUUUGUAGUGUGGGGGAAUUCGGCAAGGUGGAAAGGGUUUUAGAAAAGAGUGAGGAGAUGGGGUGGACGCCAAAUUUUGUCACAUAUACUAUAUACAUGUCUGCCCUUUGCAGAAUGGGAUUCUCGGAUGAGGCAUUCCGGCAAGUAGAUAUUAUGCGGAGCAGAGGAGUGUCCAUGACAGUUGAGACAGUUAAUAUUCUCUUUGAUUGCUCGUGACGAGACUCGAGGUUUGCUGAAGCAGUGUGUUUGCUGGAAUAUAGCGGAGAGCUGGGCUGGGAGGUUGAUGUGUUCUGCUAUAACACACUGAUGAGUAGGCUCUGUGAGGUUGAUGAUUUUGCUAGGGUCUUGAAGCUAUUGGUUGAUCUUAUAAAGAAGGGCAUUGGGCCAGAUAUGUUCAGUUUUACUAUUGCAAUCCGGAGCCUCUGUGGAGCUGAGAAGUUUCAGGUAGCACAGUACCUACUGGAUAAUGAGGCAAUUGUAUAUGAUGUUGUGGCAUUCAAUACUUUAAUUCAUGGAUUAUGCAUGGUUGGGGAUUUACAUGGAGUGAUAGAAAUUUAUAUGGAUAUGAUCAGUAGGAAUGUUAUUCCAAAUAACUUUACCAUUGCUAUGGUAAUCGAUAGUUUAUGCAAACAGAAGAAGUUUCUUACAGCAAUCAAUUUUCUUCUUGAACCAUCGGUAGAAUAUUUGCUUCCUGGUCAUGAAUCUUUGGGCAAAUGUUUGGUUCUUGAUCUUGAAUCUUCGAGAAAAUGUUUGGUUCCGAAUCAUUUCGUUCGCCUGACUAAUUGGCUGGUAAAAGCGAAAGGAUUGGGAUAUGUACUGAUCCUUCUCCGUAAGAUACGUUCUAAAGGUCUUGCACUAGAUGUCUUCUUAUUUAAUCCACUGGUUAGGAUAUUUUGCUGGGAAGGGUACUGUAAGCAUGAGAACUUCUAUGAAGUUUCUUUUAUUCUUGACAGUAUGCUGGAAUGCCUCUCCAGCCUGCAAACAACAUAAGUCAGCCAGCGAUGCAAGUAGUGCAAAUUCUAGUUUGCUGUCUCAUCCUCCCUAAGCUAUUCAACUAGCUGUCCAUUGAUAGAUUGAACUACAAGGCAAGGAGCUGAGUUGCGGCUAGCAAACCACUUUAUGGGGCACACAGAUUCAAGUAGUCGGAACAAGACUAUUAAGAUUGACAUAAAGAUGAACGAGAGCGGCCAUUCUAUUUAACUGAUGAUGAAAGGAUAGUUGAGAUACAAGGUGAAACAGAAGUUCUAAAAGCACUUCAAGCAGUUUCUAACCAUCUUCGGAAGUUUUUGGUUGACCAUAGUGUACUCCCAUUAUUUGAAAAGACUAAUACUACAGUGAGCCAAGAUCGCAGCGGUGAUGGUUGGAGUGAUAUGUCACAUCCUCCGAUUGGUUCUGCACAAGUAAAUCAACCACCUCCGGUAGUUGACAAAUAUAUUCUUCCAGCGAAGAGGGACACUUUGUAUCUUGAACGAGAACCUCUAGUAGAUCAUAGCAUUCAUCGCUCAGGAGUGUCACUUUAUGGGCGUGAUCCUGCCUUGUCAACAUUACGACCCUCUGGGAUGCAUGGUGCUGGGCCUCUACUUACACAGAUAACUCAAACAAUGCAAAUCCCACUUACCUACGCAGAGGACAUUAUAGGAGUCAAAGGAGCAAAUAUCGCGUACAUACGAGCUAAUAGUGGGGCUGUUGUGACAAUUCAGGAGAGUUUGGGCAGCCCUGAUGAUAUUACUGUUGAAAUAAAGGGGACGUCUUCACAAGUACAAGCUGCCCAACAGCUCAUCCAGGACUCCUUAGCUGCACACCGAGAACCUGUCAGAAGCAGCUAUGUGGGAGGAGGAUUAGAUCCAGUGUACAGGCCUAGCUACUCACAAUAUGGCAGCUCCACCUUCAGGCCUGGGUGGCUAUUCGUCGUCAUCACUGCCAUCUUAUUCUAGCAUCGACGAUGGUAGAUAUCCAUCUUCUGGACUGGGUGGCUAUGGGUCAAGUUACCGGUACUAGUAGCAGUUCAUCGUUAGGAAUGCUUGGUGCAUCCUGUAUUUGGUCCUGAAUGAUCAGUACAAGUCGGCAAGUUUCCUGCUGACUGGGCUUCAGGGUGGGAAUCUGGUAGAUCGUAUUGUAUAUGUGUACGCAUUUCGUGUUACUAUACUCUUUUGGAGUGACAGACAGUUUAUAGGUUCUCGUCAAUGGAAUCGAAAUCUGUACUGGCUUCCCGUGGUUUAACGGUGCC